UAUUGACGUAAUUUUAUAAAGAUAACACAAUUCGACCCAUAUAUUCGGGAUAAAGUUCAAUAGAAAAACGAAAAUCAUCAUAUAUGGUAUAUAAGGGCUGAGGUAAUUCCUGAACCUAUUAAACACAUUUUCAUCACCAACAUACAUUAUAUCAAUUUAAUUUUAUAUUACUUAUAAUUAGGUAUAAUUGAUCUGGAGGAAGUUAUGACCCGAUUUUAACCAUUUUUGGUACAGAGACAAACUGUUAUAAGAAAAAAUUCAGAGGGAAUGAAUUACGUUAAAAUAUCUGAGAGAUUUACCUAUAUUUUCGGUGAAAAAUUACCCUUAGGCACUGAGUUCUUCAUGUUCGAUAUUAGGGGCCUUAAAAAGUCAUAGUCCGAUUUUAACAAUUUUUCCACAAGUGAUGCCACGGAUCAUAUACAGUAUUUGUGUAAAGUUUUAUUCAUUAAUUUUUCAUUGGUUCCUUAUGUAUAUCUUAUAAAGUGAAGGAAUCAGAUGGACUUCAAAAUUGAGUUAUAUGGGAAGUUUUCGUGGUUGUCAAUCGAUUUCGUCCAUAUUCCACCUGCGUCAUCAAGGUGUCAAGAAAGUGUUAUAUACCGAAUUACAUUGAAAUUGGUCGAGUAGUUCUUGAGAUAUAGUUUUUGACCCAUAAAAGAACGACGCCACGCCCAUUAUCCAUUUUGUAAAAAAAUCUCAGUGCAGCUUCCUUCUGCCAUUUCUUAUGUAAAAUUUGGUGUUUCUGACAUUUCUCGUUAGUGAGUUAACCAACUUUUAGUCAAUUUCUGACUGUAUAAGGAAACGGCUAAAAGAAACGACUGCAGAAAGUUUGGUUUAUAUAGCUUUAUUGGUUUGCAAGAUAUAUACAGAAAACCUUUUUGGGGGCGGGGUCACGCCCACUUAAAAAAAAUUACAUCUAAAUGUGGCCUUCCCUAAUGCGAUCCUAUGUUCCAAAUUUGAUUUUCAUAUCUUUAUUUGUGGCUUAGUUAUGACACUGUAUAGGUUUUCGGUUUCCGCCAUUUUGUGGGCGUGGCAGUGUACCGAUUUUGCCCAUCUUCGAAAGCAACCUCUUCAGGGUGCCAAGGAAUAUGUGUUCCAAGUUUCAUUAAGAUAUCUUAAUUUUUACUCAAGUUAUCGCUUGCACAGACAGACAUCCGGAUUUCAACUCCACUCGUCAUCCUGGUCAUUUAUAUAUGUUUAACCCUAUAUCUAACUCUUUUAUUUCUUGGAGACACAAACAACCGUUAUGUGAACAAAACUAUAAUACUCUGUGCAACAUGUUGCGAGAGUAUAAAAAUCAGUUUUUUGAACAAAUCGCAUGGUAUGACCUCCUUAAGACAUCACUUACAUCCAAUAUCUUUCGAGGAAGAAGAAUUUUGCACUAUACAUCUCAAAAUAUUUGAUUUAAGUCAUCCUAAUGAAAAAUAUAUCAUUAAAAGCGCGUAAUGGAAGAAUAGUACAAUAUUUAAAACUUUUCCGUUCCCUCAACAGACGGGUCUGCGUAAUCUGAAUGAACUCGGGUUGUUUCCAAUCAAGGACUGUCUCGUAGCAUUUCUCAAAAGUAUUUAGGAAAUGUUUUCAUUAAUUAUUUGCAAACGCAAUCUCAUGGUGAAAUUUUCACCACCCUAGUGCGCAUACUAGGAACCGCUGAGGUAGAUGAUUAAUAACAAUAAGCCUUUCCAGCAGGGUGCAGGGAGUAUUGUUUGCAAAUAUUUUUUUGUUUUCUGUUUUUAUUUGAAGCUGGUCGGCGGCAAAAGCAGGUCAGAAUGAGCGGCGUGAAAAAUGGGUGAUGAAAUGAAGUUUUGGCAAAAGUGGGUAAAGUGUUUUGGGUAAUUAACGAAAUUUAAUAUUACGUAGGGCAACUGAUUGAUUUGUAUUAGCAUAAUCGCUUGCCAGUUUUAUUUUUUGCUGCGCAGUAGACUUGAAAACAAACUCGCUUUUUACUUUGUAAUUCCACUUCAUUCAUCUUCAAUUUUAUCUCAUAUUUUCAAACGGUAAACUGAAACAACAUGUCAAAUGUACAUUUGAGUGUGUGUGUGUUUGUCUAUAUGUAUACAUAUGUAUAUGAUGUAAGAUAGUUGGUAAAUUGAAGGUAGCGCGAUAAUUUCUUUGGAGAUAAACUGACAACAACAGCAGCAACAGCAGUCGGGGCAGAUAACAACGAUAAAUUGAAGAGAUUAGAUUUAGUCGCACACCGAAGCCACUAAAGAGGGCGUCCGCGUGACGAUGCGCAACGGGGUCGCGUGAAUUUCGCGGUGAUUUCCUCAUUGUAAUUUGGGUAAAAAAAUAAUAAUAAUAGUAAUAACGCAAAAAAUGCGAAUUAAAAUUAAUAAAUCGCCCAUUAAGUCAAAAUGAAUGUGAAGUAAUUAAUAAUUAAAUUGCGAUUCAUUUGCGAACGCCGUUGCUCCAUUGCACCGAUAUUUUCGCGUUUUUUUUGUUUUAUUUCGUUUUGGCGAAAUCGUUGAACACAAAACGAAAGUCAUUUUAAUAAAUCAGUUCAUUGUGAAGCAUUGGCAAAAGUUUCGACGGCAGAAUGCAAAGCGAAAAGUGAGAUAUCAAUGAUGCAACGGACAGAUGUGUAACUUCAAGGUGAUUAAUCACACAACAAAAUCACUUUUCUGCCCGCUUUAUUACAACAAAGUGAGUGUGAAUUCCUUUUGAAUUUGAAACAGUAGUAAACGGCUUUGUUAAGUGCGCAACUGUGCUUGUGAGUAAGUGUUAAUAAGCGGGUGAUUGUUGUAGCGGGCUGAAACGAUUAUAAUCAAAUGGUGUGUGCUCCACUGGAAGUUCAACGAUUCCUCAAAAACGCAGAAAUUAAAUACUAAAUUUUUUUCUGAAACAAACACUUUUUGCGGUUGAGAUUACCCACCCACACAACAGCGCCUGCGUUUGUAUUUGUUCUGCUUGCAUCUGGCUUUAUGCCGUCUGCACCAACGGCUGUCAUCGUGCUCAUUUCGGUUUGUUUACUUACCAUUUCUCCAAACAACUGCAUAUCUGGUAUACAAUAUUGGACGGCGGAUAUAUGCAUUUGCAAAGAAGCAAAAGUUCGAUGGCUUCUCGGAAUGAAUCGAAGAUGCUCUUCAAAGAAGAUUACGGAAGAAAUCGUACAAUUACUAGUUUGUUCGAUCGUGUGUGUGCGUCUCUUUGCAUCUCUACUUACUACAUAUAUUCAUCGACACUAUUUAUAAGGUUUAAAUGCAACGAAACGAAAAAAUUUAGACAACUCCAUUCUUAUAACAACGAAGACGCGGCUAACGCAUCGAAUAACGAGCACCGCGAGACUUCUCAGAGCCGCUGUCGUUCAUUGAGUAGCAGUGACUCAAGGUUCGAGACCAGCAAGACCUGCUGCUGUCCGAGUCACUCGGAUAAUUCGAAAUCGUGUUGGAAAACAAAACGGAAACAGAUCAUACGGCAAAGUUCGCAUGCAUCUGGCUUAAACGAAAACGCUAGGACAACCGCAGAGGCACCAGCAGCAGUGACUACAACACAAUUGGCAAUAUUUCGCGGCCGAUAUGCAAGCUGUGGCGAGCACACGCUACUAGCGGGUCCGCGAGAUGUGCAACAACAACAGCAACAACAAAAAAGCGUGCGUGUGAACAAAAAGAUCUCGACAUCGCUGCCAACCACGCCGAACUUGAGUCAUCUACGACGGCCGCAGCGGGUGCGUUACCAGAAGUUAUCGCUGGAGUUCACCGACGUCGAUGACGCGAAACAGCUGACGCAGUCGACGAGACAGCAGUAUGCCAACAGCCUGCAACAGCUGCAGAUGUCAACAAAGAAGUUGCAAAAUUCGUCGAACGAAACGGUUUACAAGCUGUUGGGGCAACAGCAAAACCACGCGCCACAACUAGUACGAGAGCAAACGCAGCAGAAGCUGCCGCACCAGCAACAGCAAAUGAUCAUCGACAAUAUGCUGCCGCCGCUGGCAGUCCAUGAUGGUGCCAACAAUAAAGUGAGGCAUGUUCUGGAAGCAGCGAACACAAAGCAAAACGAAUUUACCUACACGAAUAACGACAAUAACAAUACUAACAACAACAAUCUAAAUGAGAGCGCAUCCGUGGAGCAUCUGCCCACUUUGACGCUUACCGCAUUGACAACGGCAACCGAUUUGGCAACACAACCACUGAUCGAUCAAUACAACAGCAGCAGCCAGACGCACGAUCAGUAUGAUCAUAAUAAUGGCCACGCGCCCUUAUUAUUAUCGCGGCUGCCACCUCCCAUGUCACAGUCGGCCCCGCAAUGUUCGGUUGGCGCAAUAUCAUCGUCGGCCAUACAAACGACUCAACCCGCCAACUCGGCCAACUCAGCCUACUCGUCAGUUGUUGCCAAAAACACGCUGGCUUUUUGUGAGCACUGCUGUGCGGAAAGAGUUAGCAUGGCUAGCGGUGAUUAUGCUCGGGGCGCAUACGCCGAGCGUCAGCGGCAUUUCAGCGGUGAGGACUACGCUCGAUGUUAUCGCGAGAACACCGAUUCAGUCUCCGAUCUGUCGUCGUACCGAUUCGUUUCCGAUGAGGAAGAAGUAAGCGCGUGUAAUGCCGCUAACGAAACAGCUGCCACAGAGGAAAAUUCCAACAAUAAAACUAAAAUUUUCAAUAACAAAAGGAACAACAGCAAUAAUAAUAACAACAACAUAACACAAGACAGAAUAUUAGCCAAAAAUUGUCGCGUUUUAUUCCCCACACCGUCGCGCAAGCAAACGCAAACGCACUCGCAUUCGUGUUCGUGUACGUGUACGUCCCCGCCAACAUCGCCGCCGUUGUCGCCAUCGUCGUCGGCGCGAACGAGUAGUCUGUUGCCAACAUUGUUGUCACCCGCCGCAACACAAACAACAGCAACAACAACUGCGACGCGUCGCGCUUCCCCCGCCAUUUGUUGUUAUACAAUUGACAAUCCCGUCAGUGUACAUUAUAACGCGACUGUUUUGGAAUACAUACCAAACGAAACAAAUACAACAUUAGCAACACCCACGCCUGGGCAGGCAACCGCAACAGCUCCAGUGCCAAUUCCUACCACUGACACUGCUAGGAGCGCCUAUAUUUUACCGCCGGAGCCUGGCGACUCUAGUGAAUUCCUAUGCCAUGAGGUGCUUCUAUCUACAUCUUUGCCCAGCGAUUAUGGUAGUGUGAAAAGUAUUGGCAGUCACCUGCAGCAUACGCAACGGUCGUCACAAAAAUACAAACCCCCGCCACCGGAACCACCACCCAAACCAAAACACGAAGCAAGAACCUUCUAUCAGACAGCAAUUUACUCGAGUUCGAGUGCGUCGGUGCAAGACCAGCUGAGUGGGUUGGAAACACUCACUUUCCAUAACGGCGAGCAAAUUUGCAGCAAUGGUCUAAAUAUCCAGAGUAAGGUAAAAAAGUUCGAGCAAGCAAGCGCCUUGAAUGACAAAGAAACACAGAGAUCUUUAAGUUAUCUGCCCACUGCCAUUCCCAAGAAGGGUGGGAAUCAUUAUCCGAAAGAGAUUUCCAGCACCGAGGAACGCUGGUCACAAUCGUCGCGAUCUCUUGAACGCUCCGUUUCGCCAGAACAUUGUGAGCUGUUGAGUUGCUUUGGAGCGGUUAAAAAUACUCGAAGCGAGUCCGCCAGCAACACAACAAAAAUAAAGAAACACGACGAGCGACGAGCAGAUGACGCACGGCGAAGCAAAGAAAAUAGCCGCCACGGUGAAGACUGCAUAAAAAGAAGCGAAGAAGAAGAUAACGUAUACGACAAUAACGACAACAAGGAAACGAAAUUUGUCGCGCGUAGUUUAAGCGAGAGCAGCUGUUCGGUUUCGGUGGCAACGCCAAUUGCCAAUGAAAAGUGUGCCAUCAAAAACAAAAAUAAUCAUCACCAGCAGCAGCAGCAGCAGCAGCAGCAACAGGCGCAAGCACAAGCACAGCUACCACGUCACCAACAAAAACAGCCACCCGUACAACCACCAACACCACCGCCAUAUCACCAUAAUAAUAUUAAUAAUAAACGGCGUAAUUGUGGAGACUCCGAGCAAAGUCAACCGAGUGCAGCCAACGGGAAAAAAUCAGCGUCGACAAGUGUUAAUACUGUCGCCACUGUAACUGACGGUGUGCUCGACGCGUUUGACAUAUCUGACACGCACACCGUGUUCAGUGCUGGCGGCAGCAGUGCCUGUGGCGAGUGCAAUAACAACUACAACUGCAGGGCACGGAGUCACACGGAAUACACGCGUUCCGUGCCAGAGGCAUACGCAUAUCCUUUUGCCGCAAGUGCGGAGAAGUCGUGCCAAGGUUCGCAGUCAUCAGUAGCCUACUUAACUUCGCCGUUACCGAAACAUACGCUGCGCUACGAUAGUUACGGUCGUUUGAAGUCGGAACGUGUUUCGCGUCUACCCACCAUCGCCAGGUCGCUAGCCAAUGGUCGCAAAGCGGCUAGUGAGACGGGUUUGCAUCGUACAUAUCAAAAUGUCUCCGCCACGUCUAAACACGACUUGCCCUCAUCUUUGUCGGCUACUAAUAUUAAGCUAACACCGACCUUUUGUCGUAAAUUCAAUUAUUUAAGUGACAAAUUCGAAGACUGUGUGGCCGAAUGCGAAGAAACUGAAUCAGAAAUUGAGCCCAUUAUUGUUGAAAGUGCGUAUACCCAGCAACAGAAGCGGGAAACCGCUGAAGUAGUUGCACAAAACCGUGAUAAAGCUUUCACAAAUGCCGGACAGUUAUCGACCGAAAACGCAAACAAUACAGACGUGUCUCAAUCAAAAUCUGUGCGAAAUGUGUCCAACUGCCACGCGCUCAAUAAAGAAUUUAAUUUGAAUUUAACAAAAACAAUACCACCACAACAGCAGAUCUAUAAAUCUUUUAGUGAUACUCAAAAUUUUGUGUCGAUUCAUAAAGAAAAUCAAGAAAAUAACAAUAACAACAAUAUAACUGCGGGUAAAUCAAAACGCUACUUUAGUGACUUCUCACUGAAAUCAGACUUUGCCGAAUCAGACUGUAGUUUGCCGUGCCGAUGCUCUGCUAAGCAACUCACAUCUUUGGCCGAAGCAACCUCACCCACUUCGCCAACGUCACCGAUCUCAUUGCAGUCGCCGAAGUCUUCUGGAGGCUUACAUCAAAAGAAUUCGCAAUCUCUGCCGAGUGUUCCCCAAUCAAACGGCAUACCGAGUCCAUUGUGGCUUAGCAGUGAGACCAUCGAAUCGUCGCUCGUGUCGGAGCAGAAAUCGCUUGUCGACGAUUUGCAAUCGAAUUGUAGUGAUCAGACAGCGAUCUUUCAUUUGGAUAACGAGUUUUCACAUUCUGCUACAUCUUUGUCUUCGACAACCCAAACGGCAACGGAAGGUGGUGGUAACACUCUACACGGUCCUGUUGUGCUGAAACGCAUUCCAGCCAUACACUCGUUUGGGUACAUUCCGGCAAUUGGAAUAAGCUCGUUGGGAAGUGCUAAUGUGUCUGAAAACGACGAAAGAGAGAUUAAUAUGGAGAAGCGUAGGAAUACCUUGGAUCGUUUCCAACGUUUGGGUUUUGGUCGGAAAUCGACUCCAGCCUCGAGUGGCGCAUCUGUGGAGGGCAGUGGCUCGUCGCGAAAUCGUAAAUCGAACGAAAAGUCCGAGAGACUUAGAGAACUAACAGAACUACUCCGCGGCAAUAGGUCUUCACCGACUCCACCGCCCAUACCGCCACCACGCAAGCCACGUAAUGGAUCGCAUUCGGCGUCGAAUAGUUUGGAACGGACUGACACACAGUUACAUGCGCCUGCAGUGAGGACUGCUUCGGCCGGCACCUCCUCCCUGGAUAGUGCCGAUAGACAGUCAACGUCAUUCAUGUCGAAUCGCACCGAUGAUAUCAUGUUAAUGGACCAGGAGGAGGAGCAAGUUGCUGAUUUGAAAGCAAAGACAAAGGCUGACAAGAAUAAAUCAGGUGUUGGCGAUUGUGCGAAGCAAAGAAACACUUCCUCGCCUGCGGGGGCAACAACAGCGACAGGAGAAGAUGCAGCAGCCGCACAAGCAUCGACAAACCGUUUAUACGAUACACUCAAACCGAAUACGAGUCUGUCGAAUUUCGAAUCGUUAAUGUCGAUGAGCAGAGAGAAAUCAAAAUCGCCGCCGCCGCGAUCUUCUGCUAAUAUCGCUGUGUCUAGCGCUGCCAAUGCGGAUACUGCACAGCAGAUCGACAGUUCGGGUAUAGCUACGAAACUGACGAGACCAGAAUCUCGCACGGUAAUUGGUUCAUACGCCCAAAAGGGUAUACCAUUUCGGUCGGCGUCGUUUUCACAAAUUGACCUUUCGUCUGGAAAGUACAAAAAGUCUUCGUGGAGCGCAUUGCGUGAUCGGUUGUGGCGUGACAAAGUUGUUGGAUCAGUUGAUUCGGCUACCAAUACGAAAAAACCGCGCAGUGAAGAGACGCCUGCAGUGGAAAGCGUGGGGAAAGUGAAGUCCGAACCUGAUUGGAUUUACAUUCCGUUGAAGAAGAAAUCCGAAAUGAGUAUUAAUUUAAAUUAUGGACAGGAUAUGAAGAGUUUAGAAAAUGUGAUGGAAUCGCCCGAUAUUAUACCAGAGGAAGAUAUUUUCAACACCGAUUUGGAGCACGCAUCGACUAUUACAGAGGAGAGUAGUGAUGCGGUAUUACAGCACAAUCUUGUUAUUGCACACGCGAAAAUGGAAUCGCUAACAGAUACGAUACAAUCCGAAAAUGACUAUACGAUUGAUGCGAAAGAAGUUGCCGUCACUAUUGAGCCAGUGCCUGCAGUUGUGGAGGCGGAGGAGGGUGCAGUUGAGAAAGCUAAAGUGAUUGAACAACCCACCAUUCUAGAACCCAUCAAUGCGGAAUCUAUUGAACCGAAUAUAGCCACAUUAAUGGAAGAAAGAAUCCCGUUGGAAUCCCCGCCGGACAAUUUUCUGCAAACGGCUACUACAUGCCUAAUACCAGUGCCUGUGUAUGAGUGCGCUGCGCAGGACUGGCGUUUGGAGAAUCCCCCACAGGAGUGGGUGGAAGUGCAACCAGAAGAGUUUGGCAUUAUACCAGAAACAAUAGAGCCAUUACUCUCGCUAAAUGAUUGUGUGAAUGUAAAACCAGUACCAAAAACAGCACAGGAGUAUCGUGUAGAAAAUCUGCCGACGAUCUCAGUUAGCCGUUCCUCUGAAGAAGCUGAUGACAAAUGCAUCUUGCGUAGAAAAGAUACGUUCGACGAGGAAUUCAGUGAUCUUGUAGAACGGCGUCAAGCUUCAAUAGACACUGCUGAGCUUAGUAAGAGAUAUAGCCAAGACGAUAUAGAUAUCGGCACGGAGAAACGUGCAUCUCUGGAUGCAAUCACUACACGACACAGUGCAGACGAACGUAAACGUAUCGAUAAGUCCAAACGACGCAAGGGUAUGUACAUUGACAAUGCUGCGUGGAGCGAGGCUGCUAGUGCGGAAGCGCACAACAGAGGCCUCGCACUGGAUAUUUCAUUAGCCAACUUGAAUGUGAUCAAGCCGGAUACAACGGAGGAUUGUGGUAUUAUGUAUAUCAAUAGUCCGCCUACUGAUGAAAAUAGAACUCCAGGUUCGAUAUACUCACCCGAAGUAAAUACUCCUGAAUCCGAUAAGCCACUAGUUUGGACAAAAGCUGACCGGCUUACGAGUUUUAGCUUGCAAAGUUCCGAGGAGAAAGAAGAAAUGCAAAGUGGUAGUCUUAGUGCGGGUAGUGGCAAUAUGACAUUAUCUGGACUUUCGCGCAACAAUAAAAGUUUUCCCUUUCUACGCACAGACUCGGUGUCUGAUAACGAGAGCGAUCGCGGAGCAUCGCAGUGUCGUGAACGCGCUAGUCCCAGUCCCGUGCCAGGCGACUACGAUUUCAAACGAUUUUCCAAACGACCACUACGUGGACCCUACGGCCAAAUGUUGGAAAAGGAAAUGAAGAAGCCUAACAAAAUGCAUUUCGAGGAAAUUUUGGAAGACCUACGCGAGUCCGAGAUCUCAUCGCAACAACGUCGACCGCGAAUCGCCUACGAUGACUCCAGCGCCAUUUCAACGAAUACAACACGCAACAUACCCCACCACUCGAAUUCGAUGCGAGUUCGCAAGUCAAACACGUAUCUGCCCGUACCUUCGCAUACGCGUGCUGCAUCCACACCCUCCAAAAUAGAGAAUGUGAACAAAGACAGCGGUAUUGGCAGCUUAGAUAAGAUUAAUCCACAUGAAAAACGUUAUCAAAGCACAUUAGAUAACUCCGUGACGCGCGAUGAUAAGGACUAUCUUGAUGCAGGUCAUCAUUAUGCCCACCAACAUCAUCAUCAGCGUGAAAUAAAGCGAGCAGCUUCCGAGGCUCCAGCGCUGAAAAGUCAUCACAGCAAACGCAGCCAGUCCAUGAGUGGUGAGAAGACAGCCUCAGCCGGCAAUCACAUAGCACACCAGGCUAAGCGUAGUCUCGACGCGACCACUGGCGGAGGUGCCAAAGCGAAAAGCGGUGCGGUUAAAAAUACGACAGUGGUGCCGUCUCAGGAGUUGCUGGCCGAGUUGUUGAAAGGAUCCAGCGAGAAGUUGAUAUCUGAGCAGAGGCAACAAAUGGCGGCGGAUACACGCACCCAUGUUGUGCAGGAGAUCUUACGCAAUGAACAGUCGUAUGUUGAGUCCCUGCAAACGAUCGUCACAAAAUAUUUCAAGGUACUCAAAUCUCCCGAACAUGCUGGCAUGAUCGAUUCACGCACCGUGGAUGAGAUAUUCUUUAUGGUACCCGACAUACUGGAGAUACACCAGAAAUUUCUGACCGAGUUGAAAUCGCGUUGGGAUGGUUGGGAGGCGAAUCAAAAAGUCGGCGAUGCUUUCUUGGAAACGUUCUCCAAGUUGGAAGUAUUGGAGGUGUACACAUCUUUUGUGAAUAACUGCAAUCGUGCCAAGAAUGCGAUACGCUCAACGAAACAUCAGCGACCCUCGUUUGCGAAAUUCUUGGAAAUAACUGCACGUGAGCAUAAAGGUAAAUUGACGUUGGACAAUUUGCUCAUCAAGCCGGUGCAGAAAUUUCCAAAUUACGAAAUGCUCUUUCAAAGACUUAUAAAGCACACCGAUCGCGAUCAUCCCGAUCAAAAGCAUCUGCAGGAUGUGCUCAAGCUGGUACACGAUAUACUCGUCCAUAUCAAUUGUAAAGAGCGUGAAAUUCUCGAGAAUGGACAACGUGAGGCGACAUUGCGUGAACUUGAGGGCGUUAUCGAGGGUGUCACCGAUUUGAUAACACCCGAUCGACAGUUUCUGCUAUUCGAUUUGGUUUCGAUGCCGUCGGGACAGGGCGCGCGCAAAGAGCGCGGCUUUUUUCUCUUCAAUGAUCUACUCGUGUUGACGAGCAUCAAGAAACGCAGCGGCACAAUACGAAAACCCAAUCCUACUACCUGCCCAGGCACCGUGGCCUCAACACUGGAUACCAACAAAUAUAAGUUCCUUACAAAGAUCUCGCUGGAUUGCUUAGAAAUUGUGAAGACAAAAGAUGAGAAUGUGAAGCGCAUAAUGAACGAAAUCGAAAAUUUAGCCGAAGACUGUAAUAAGCUACAACAAAUCGCCGAUAUCACUGCAUCACUCAAGUAUCCACAUCAGUAUCUGGAGGAUGUCAUACGUGAAUUACUGCGAGAUGUACAGCGUCAGCUAUCGGAGCGUCAGACCAAUGACACCCAAUUGAAUAUGCUGGACCUGUUGGUUAACUCACCGAAUGGCAGUCAGAAACUCUCGAUCGUCUUCAGCAAAGCUGAGAAACGCACACAGUGGGAGGAGACCUUCAAUGAAGCUAAACAGAAGUUGGCUGCCACCCUCGAGCGACAUCCCAUUCCAGAGUUUCUGAUGUCGAUACCGAUACGCAAAACCCGCGCUGGUUUACAGUUCACCUGCGCCGCAGCAACGCUCAGCGAGAAGCGUGACGUGUGGGUGUGCAACAGUGACGGCUACGUGGGUCAAGUGUGCAUCAUGUCCCUUUAUCCGGAGCCGAACGUCACCAGCUGCAAUGGUGUCUGUAAUGCGCGCAUACUUUGUGUUGCCUCUGUGCCCGCCUACAAUGCGAGCAAUAGGAAUUCCACAGGCAGUGGCACGCAGCUGCAACAGCAGACACAACAAACACUCCCACGCAGCGCUAGCACCACACCGCAACACAGUUACACACAACAGCUGCGCGAUUAUCGCAAAAGCAUCUCACCGAACUUCCAGCCGCCCACAGCGAUUGGCACACCUGAGAAGAAAAAGACGCCAUCGGCACCAACAGCCGGCGCAGCCAAUGCAAAUGGCGAUGCUGCUGGCGGUGACAACCAAUUGGAUUUGAAUUCGAGCUCCAGCGAUGACGAAACCGAUACAGCGCUCGCGAACGCCAGGGGUUGUGUUGGAGCCACGGGCAACAAUGGCAGUGGCAUUAUCGAACGCGUGCCAAGUCCGGCGCCCUCAACACAGACGAUCGCCUCGAUGACAUUGCCAGGCAGCAGCAGCAGCGGCACACCAUCGCACCACUCACAUCAAGAUUCCAAUCCAGAUGAAGGCGACGGCAAUUUAUCGACAAUGUGGAUAGGUACGGAAGACGGUUGCAUUCAUGUCUACAACAGCACCGAUAAUAUACGCAUCAAGAAGAAUCGCAUCAAGAUCGAACAUCAGUCGGCUGUGUAUUCCAUACUGUAUCUGGACAACAGGGUAUUCGUCUCUUUAGCUAAUGGUGAUAUUUGUGUUUACUUGCGCGAUGGUGUUGCCUGGAAUACCAGUUCAUCGCACUGUUUGUCAAUCGGUACUGUAACAAGUCCCGUUACAAAAUUGCUGAAUGUGCACGGCAAGCUGUGGUGCUCAAUACAGGGCAUUAUAAAGGUUUUAGAUACUGAAACUUUGUUGGUGGUAAAUCAAAUACAAAUCUCUUCCGAUUCGAAGCCAAUUACCAAUAUGACGGUGUCGAAUAACUACGUGUGGAUUUCAAUACAAAAUUCGGCACAUAUCAAGUGUUUUCAUUCCAUGAGCCAUCAAUUAAUAGCCGAAGUCAAUUUAGCGCCGGCUGUAAAUAAAAUGCUCUCGAAUUGCGAUGAGAUUAUACGGCAGCACAAGGCCGCAUGCUUGCGUGUCACGUCGUUGCUGUCCUGCCGGGAUCUCAUUUGGAUUGGCACCAGUGCAGGCGUAUUGCUCACUAUACCGGCACAAGGUUUCGAGAAGGGCGUGCAAAACGUGGUACCCACUGGCAUUCCACACGGCCACACAGGACAUGUGCGUUUCCUCACAUUCGUAGAGACGAGCGGUCUCAGCGCGGAAGGCAGUGGCAGUAGCACUGGGUCAGCAGGACGCGAUAACGAAAGCACCGUGAGCAGCAAUGAGUAUAGAAGUCAUAGUUCGACGAAACAUACGAAACCGAAAUCGGAAUCGAGUACCAUACUCGUGAUAUCCGGCGGUGACGGCUACGAAGACUUCCGCAAUUCGGGUGCGAAUUCGUUAAGCGAAAUCGCCGGCCGCGAGGACAGCACUAAUCAUUUACUGAUAUGGCAAAUUUGAAGUAGGCGCCGCAAAAACCGUUGGAAGGAAUUGCUUUCACGGUGGAAAAACAACAACUAGUGGUGGCAGCGUAGUCCGGGCGGAUACCGGCGAAAGCGUGGAAUCAAUCGGCACACCAGCACGAGCAUUUAAGGCGCGACGUUGCGGUGCGAACGAGCGAUUUUCACGCAUCAGGUGCGAUUUUUUUCUUGCGUAUCCUGCUUCGCAGCAGCCGAACGGUCACUACACAAGGAUAAACACAAACCCAAACGAAACACACACAGAUUUACCGAGUUGCUGAGAAAAGUUGAUGGAAGACAAAUUUGUAAUUUGCGAUGUUUGCGAGAGAAUUUUGAUUUUUUUUACUGGAAAGAGAGCAUGAAGUUGCAAAAGUGGAAGCUGCGAGUUCGACAUAUGACUGUUUGCAAAACACACACACACAUACUCAUACAACAAACAUUUACGUUUGUCAUUGGCGGCACUUACGUAACGUGUGCCAAAACAGACCAUAAUAUUUCGUAAAGUGAUCGUGCAAAACGUUUUUAACGAUAAGUGAACCAAACAAUAUUUGUAAUCGUGUGUACCUACAUACAUGCACAUACAUAUACAUAUACAUAUGUAUGAAUACAGGAAUAUGUGUAAUUGUGAAGCGUUUAUUUAUAUUUUUUUGUGAAUAUUUGCAUAAAAUCUAAAACUCUUUGCUCCAUUCUAAAACAGCACACACGUACAUAGCUACAUUACAUAUGUAUGCAUGUACAUGCAUGUAUUUACAAAUAAGCUUAAGAACAAAAUUCCUAUACAUAUAUAAAAUAUUUACAUUACAACUACAUACAUAUAUAUAUAUUGUAGAUACAUAAUAUAUAUAUUACACACAUAUUUUAAUUACAUUUAUAGACUAAAUUACAGAUUACAGCACACACUUUUAUAUAAUACAACAACAAACACGUAUGCAGCAGAGGCAAAUGAAACACGCAAAAGCGGAAAUAAUAAAAAUGUCUUGUACUGAAAUUGAAUAAUGUGCCAAAAUGUGUUUCCUUUCCUACAACAAUUGUAAAUUAUCAAAUUUCAAAUAAUAUACACACAUACACACAUACAUACAAACAUAUAUAUUAAACAAACUGUUCACUUUCGGCGAAUAUAUACGCUUAUUUGUAUGUAUUGGAUUUAGACAAAUCAUCUUGAACAACUCCAACUUGUGGGAGUGUACGAGAAACUAUUUUCCUUAUUAAAAAAAAAACCAAAACAAAAAUAAAAACAAUCUUUUUGUAUAUUAAGCAAAUUAAAAACGUUGCAGAAUGUAUAAACUAAAUAUAGUACUUAAUAACUACUUACAUACAUACAUAUUUAAUAAAAAAAACUCAAUUGAAAACAAAUACAAACAAACAAACAUACCUAGAGAAAUCAUAUUUAAUGGGUGCAACUGCUGAAGCCCAGAAAUAUUUUUAAACCGAUUGAACAAUAAUUAAAUAAAUCUACUAUUUAAGUACUAUUUACAAUAAACAUUAACUAAGCUGAAACUAAUAACAAAUUAUAUUGGUAAUUGUUUAAAAUAAAAUUAUAAAUAAUUAUAUAAAUUCAAACGAAGCUUACCAUAAUUGAAUCUUAAAGUUAAUAAUAAAACUGUAAACCCGAACUCUUAUAAAACUAAGUUGUUCAGUGCAUUGUUAUAUAUAGCUUAUACUAUAAGGUGUGUUGAGGAGCGCAUGUCUCGAAACACAUAGAUACACGUCUGUAUGUAUGUUGCUGUGAGCAAUUGUAAAAGAAGAAGAGUUGUUGCAUGAGUUAGUGAGCUGGAUUAACAAAAGUGUUUGUUUUUUACUUUUGUAAAAAUCUAAGUUGAUUGUGUUGACAGCAGGUUUAGAAGUUUAAAGGUGGAAUCUUUGCUUAUAAUUAGCUAUGCUAACCAGUUUUGAGCCUCAAAAACCGUUAUGUUCUACUUAGUGACUGGACCAUUUAGAGGACUGAAAUUUUCCAUUCAGCUUCGAAGCGAAAACUGCAGCAAAGUUUGUGAAUGUUAAGGGUCGGUGCAAUUUUAUGUCUACAGCGGUUAAAUAUGUUAAUAAUAUUUUGUUUUUUCUACUUUCAACUAUGACUCGAUGAAUAUUAUAUUAAAUUUUCAUUUACUCGUAGAGGUCUUCGUUUUAAAUUAAUGUACAUAUCUAUCUAUAUUUUAUUGUUAUCGAAUAAAAAUAGCGCAAAAUUUCUAUACCAAUUUGUUUUUUUUUUAAUUUCUACAAUAUGAAAACCUUUUAUCAAAUCUAUUGAAUAAUGUAAUUAUGUCGCGUACCGUUCAACCAAAAAGAAUAAAAUAUUUUUCAGAAAAUUAAAUUUUUUUCUCUAUUAGACCUUUGUUUAUAUGUAUUAAGUUACUAAACCGAAAAAUGCUUUCCCAAAAAUAUGUACACAGAAUUCAUAUAAGAAGAAAUUUCAAAAUGUAUUUAGAAAAAAAUGUAAAAACAGUUUUCCAUAAGUUCCGCUACUAUAGCUAUGAAAUAUAUAUACAGUGAGACACACUCAAAAUCGGGUUGCUCUGCUUAAAAAAAUAAGUAAUAUUUUUAUAGAUUUUCAAACAAGUUUGAAAUUUCUGGAGUUUAUUUAAUUCUCAAAUUAUUUGAAUAUUCUAUAGAUCAAAAAUCAAGUUUUUGAAGUUGAAACUCUUUCGCUAACUCCAAUCGAAUCUCUUCAAAAGACAAUUGACGGAGCACCCGAAUAUUAUAUUUGUUUUUCUUAAGAAGUCUUAAGAAGUUUUUCUAGGUCUAUAAAAGGCAGUCUACAAUUAAAAAUUUUUUCUGGAUAGCUACAUACAUAUGAUACCAAUAAGUACGAGUAAAUUAAAUACUAGUUUGGAACAUAACACAAUAGUAGUCUAUUGGAAAUAUUUAAGACAUAAUAUCAAUACUUAUAUGUAUGUUAGUCUACAACAACAAUAUUCAACAAUACUUUUUAUAAAAUGUCUACGAUUUUAAUCGGAUCUAUAAUGGGCCUAAUCAUUGAAUCCGUUUCGAUCGAAAAAUGGUUCGAUUCGAUCGAAAAAUUCUACGUCGGCUUCAUUGAAACCGUAUCGAAAAUAAAAUUUACGAUCACAUUGAACUCACUUACCGACUCGAAAAAAUACAUUCCGCGGCUAAUAGAUGUCGCUAAUUACGCAACCAUUGAAUCCGCAAUAUCGAAAAUUUUGGUCGAAAUCUAUCCGUUGCUGAAUGAGUUGCGGAAAUGUAAAGGUAAUAAACCAUUUGGAUGUUUUUAUGUAAAUAAUUACUGAUGACGGACUAAAUUAAGUUUUAAAUGAGUAUUUUAGAGACAAAAGGCAAAAACAGACCAACAAAAAUAAAUUAAAGAUGUUUAAAAGCGAUAUAAAGUUGCCCUCUCGAAAUAGUGAAAUAAUUUUCUCGAAGAGCCUCAGGCGAAUUAAAUAUUUUUUUUUUGAAGAAAUUUCACAACAGCUAAAGGUCAGUUUUAAUCUUUUGGAACAAAGUGGUAAAGCAGUUUAUCGAAGAUUGCAUGAACAUUUUUGAUCGAAAAUCUUAAUUGUAUAGAAAUCGAAUUCGUUACGGAUUCAAUGAUUAGGCCCAAUUUAAAUGAUUUUGAGAUUAAUACGUUGUCUUUUAAUACUACUUUUUUGUGAACAAUUUUUCGAGAUAUUUAUUCAGAUUUUAUCUUUAAGUUGUUCAGAAAUGAUGAGGUGGCUUUAUGGAAUUCGUGCUUUUUCAAGCUUAAAUACGGUUUUUUUUAGAAAAUUGCCUUUGGUCUCUUUUCUGUAACCUCACUUAUACUAAACGCGGUAAAAAUGUAUUUAAAAUAUAAAAGUCGCUGAGCUGUACCAAUUUCUAUUUUGGUUCACUACUGGUCUAACUUUAUAAGCUCGAAAAAAAUAAGUAUUGACAAAUAAAAAAGCAGCGGCUUUGUUCUCCAGACUAUGUUACAGAUCUAAGCUAAAAACAUAUGGUUUGCUUAUAAAUGAACCACACUAUAGGCAUCGGGCUUAGGAAAGCUUUCACAAUAAUAUUUGCAUUUUCUUAUAAAAUAUUAUAUUGAAGAAAUAAUUUGAAUUUUUUUUUUGUCUUAGUAAAUUACUAAAUAUAUACACAUACAUAUAUACUCACAUGUGUUUGUGUUUUUGUAGCUCAAUGGGAUACUUUAAAUUCUACAUAUGUAUGUACGUGUGCACACACAAAUACAAACAGCAUUCUCUUUUAUAUGCAUAAUUUCGCUUAUUAUGGUCUAAUAUUCUAUUUCAUUUGGAUGAAUUUUUUUGGAAAUAUUCUAAAAAACAGUUAAAUUGUUUACAUAAAAAUAAUUAAAUAUACGCGAGUACACUAAGGAACUUCAGCAAUUGGACAAUCGCAAAAGUUUGUGUUGCAAGUCUUCCACUUACAAUAAACUAGCAAAUUUACAACACUCACCAGAAAUGCCUUUCGCUAACUGUUACAUUUCUAUGUGCAAUAUGUUAUGCUUUUCUCCAAAGAUUUCACGCAAUAAUGGCAAAAAAAUCAUUGUACUUCCACACUUCCUUACUAUACGUAGUCCCCAAUUUAGUUGUUGAUCCUUAGCAGUUCAAGUAUUCGUCCAAAUAACUACGAUUGGUUGAUUCCACUUAUGAUACUCCUAGUACCAACAUCUCAGUGAGCGUACUCAGCCUGAAUUUGAUAUUUUUUAAUAAUUGCAAAAUGGUGUAUAAAUAUAAAUCUCUUAGAAAUGUUUGGCAAUAUUUUAACUUGCUAAACUAAUAAUCUCCAAUGUUGUCUAACUCUUCGGGUUCAAACUGUAAAGCCAUUGUUAAACUCCCGAAGCAUCAACAUUUUUCAGAAAUCUACUAGCUUAGUCAAAAACCAAGUUCAACUGUUCAGUAUUUCAUACGGAAGACUGUUGACUGUUGAACAUACAUAGUUGGAUGUAGCAGUUCUAGAAUACUAAUAAGGGAAUCAUGGCAAAUCUCUUAACAGAUGAGUUAGGUAAUUUGCUAUCAAAAAUGUGAAAAAUAUUGCGAAAAGUAAAGUUUCCCUCAAAUUCUGCUGAUAACGACUCACUUUUGUGCUUUUUUGAUAAAAAAAACCUUUUAUAAGAAAUUAAUUUCCUAAUUAAAAAAUUUUAAUUUCGAAACACAGCAUUAAACAAUUUUCUAUGUUUUCCAUUAAAGCCAUUACACUAGUAAUUAUUCUAUAUUAAAAACUAAUACGUAAUACGUCAGCCUAGUGGACUGUUGUGGUCUUUUUUAUGUAGAAACACCCGUUUUUUUAUGUGUACUCGUGUGCGUACAAGUAUCUCCCGUAAUUCCCGAACUAUAUAAAACAAAACCAAAAUCAAACCAUUUAUAUACAUACAUACAUACAUACAUAUAUAUAGCAGAAGCUGUAAACAGUUAGUAUAGAAAUGAAUAUUUUAAAGUUGGUUAACAUUAUUGAAUUAAAUUAUAUUAAAUUAAAAUAAAAUAAACAAUUAAAAAAACAAACGUGAAUCAAUGUAAAAUUAACGAGUUAAAUGCAUGAAUAUUUAAACAAAUACCGUUGCUGCUGAAUAAUUAAUUAAACAAACUAAACAAAACAACCAUAAAACAAAACCCAUAAUAAAUAAAUCGUUAAAUUUUGAAUAACAUUUAUUGUAUUAACAUUUUACUAGUGUCAUUUUUCAAGCUCCAUAUAUAAAUAUAAAAUACAUAGAAACAGUUGUAAAAUGUACCGUUAAACCGAGCAGGAGAAAACAUUUGAAAGUAUUUAACGUUACUUAUAUAUAUAUAUGAAUACACGGUUGAUUUUUCUAAUUUUCUAUGAAGCAGAUAUUUGAUAUAAUCAUUUUAUUGGAACUUUUAAGACUUUACAUAAAAGAAAAACAAAAACAAAAUAAUGCAAAUAAAAACGAGCAAAGACUUGCAAAAGCAGUAAAUAAAUUAUAAACAAAUAAAUACAUAUUGUAUUAAACAAGUAAGCAUGUAUUGUAAAUUUGUAAUUUUUAACAAUAAAACGGUAAUGCUUAGUAGUAUAAGUAAGUAUUUCCAUGUGUGUCAAAGUGCAAAAGCCUCUCCUUAGUUAAUACUGAGUAAUUUUUUUUCAUACGAAACUGAAAAUCUUACAGCACUUAAUGAACUACUUUUCAAAUUGUUCACUUCACUGUAACCUGUAAAUUAUUAACUCGAUGGCUUGUUUUUUCAGAGUAUCUUUUAACUUGAAACUAAUACUAUAUCUGUAAUUAAGAAACGAUAUU